AUGUCGGACUCAACGACAAUUGAAAGUUCAAGUUUCAAUCAGCACUCUGGAUCCUGCGUCUUUCAAGAAAUGAUGGAAGACCUGGACGACUAUCAGUUCUGUCCAAUAAAAAAAGAGAAUGUGGAGGAAGAAGAGGAGUAUUUAGAAGUGAUAGAGCCCAGUGAAGAGAGUUGUCAAGACGACAAUGAUUUGCCCAUGGAAGGAACGGAGGAGAUCCCGGAAAUGAUGAAUUUGACAGGGAGAGGUCAGGUAAGUUAAUAUUAGUAAAUUUUGAUUCUGUUCGUUCAAAACUGAGAUUUUUUUUGUCCGAAACGGUCUGUUAGAUCACAAAGUGCCUGGAUUUUUUCACAGUGCAUUUCGCUUUCUUCACGCGACGCGAUCCUUUUCACAAGGAAAGUACUUCUAUGGGGUAUUUGCGUGGUGUUGCGAGAAAAGUUCUGAGGGUUUUUCGCGCUUGCAAACCGAGAUUGGGCAGCUAAUUUUUACAUAUAAGGAUGGUGACAUACAAAUCAAAUCAGUUUUCGUGGCCAGAAACCGCGAUUUCUUGUCCGUUAGGGCUCUAGACAAGAAAUGCGUAAUUCUUGUCUGAAAUUGCGUAACGUUGCGCAAUAUUGCGUAAAUUUUUCCUCUCUCCCCGUGGAGAUUUUUUUUUUUUUUUUUCUGCUCAGACAAGAAUUGCGCAUUUCUUGUCUGGAAGCCUAACAGACAAGAAAUGACGGUUUCUGGCCACGAAACCCGAUUUGAUUUGUAUGUCACCAUCCUUAUAUUCUGAAUCAGAAAAAUUUUGCGAUUUUUUUGAUGUGUGUCUCGACCGGUAACCAGAGAUUGCCACGGCUCCGGAGCCGGCUGUUGGCUCCGAGCCAGAGCCGGAGCCGGAAAUUUUGGGUGCGGCUCCGGCUCCUGAGCCCAAAGUCGGAGCCGGGCUUCUCAGCGUUCAGAAAAGUAAAAAUUUCGUGAUCUUGUUAAACCAAUUUGCUUGAAAAAUACUGGGAAGGAUGUGUUGCGUACGACUUGGCUGCAAAAACGUUGGAUGUUUGACCAGAGGGCACUAAUAACUUUUAUUUUCGAAAAAAUAUUUUUAAAAAAAUUUUUGCAUAGGAGCCGGAGACCUUUUUAAAUUUUGCACGGAGCCGGAGCUGCAAAUUUGGCCUUGGCUCCGGCUCUGGGAGCUAAGAGCCGGAGCAUAAGAGCUUGACCGGGCGGGCGCACACUUGCGGGCAACCAGUUUGCGGGCAAAUUUUUUGCGGGCAGCCACUUUGCGGGCAGCCGACAUUUGCGGGCAAUCGACACCUGAUUGUGAGAGUAACAGGGUGGAGGUGGAAAAAUUACUAUGAUAUUUUGGAAAUUUGCCGACAUUUGCGGACAGCCGACAUUUGCGGGCAACCGGCGCUUGAGGAUAACAAGGUGGAGGUGGAAAAAUUACUGCGAUACUUCGGAAGUUUUCCGACAUUUGCGGGCAGGAAAUACUUGCGGGAAACCGACAUUUGCGGGCAACAGUUCCAAAAGUUCCUAUACAGUCUGUAUGACUGUUUUUUUCUGUUCUCGACAGACUAGUGUUUUCUCUGGGCUGCUCACACCUAACCUGCUAAAUCUAUAUCUAUGUAUAUUUCAGCCCCAAGUGCCGGCCCGCCGAACCGCCCAGCACGGCGGAAAGAUCAAAAAGGGUAGAAUGACCACCGCAGUUUUGGAAGCAGCGGCUGCCUGUUCCCACUUGAAGACAUCCAACAAGUUGGGCACAAACUCGGUGUUCUGGACCUUUGUCGAACAACGCUUCUCGGCUAAGUUUCCCAAUUACAGUAAAAAAGGGCUGCGACCAAAACUUCAUCAGAUCCUUUAUCGGGUUACGGUACGAGCCAGACAAAAGGCUGCUUCUGGCAGGAAGCUGAGCUUGGUAAGUGAAUUUGCAGACAGAGCAGUGCAAAAUGAAAUUUUUACGAACUUAUCGGCCUAAUUUCAGGAUGAAAAGUUGGCUUUGCGAAUCAACGCCAACGGAAACAGCGACUCACCCAAAAACUCAACCGCCAACGAUCAAGAGGAUCUUUCGCAUGCUCGGAGAUCACGAAGAAGCUCAACAACAAAUCAGAACACUUCCACCACAAGCUUGAACUCUUCCGACUCCUUCAAGCUCAUUGUGUGCAACGCCGUUGGGAAACAUCCUGAGCUCUUUGAAGCUCAAAGAACUAAAAAUGCCAAGUUGGGGAGAGAGAUUUGGAAGCGAAUCGAAGAGGAUAUCAGAGAGGCUCAUCCCGGACCGGGAAAUUUAAGUGCCAUUCGCAAGACUUGGCAUCGCUGCAGAUUACGUGCAACUCAACGCAAGAAAAGGGGGAAAAUGGAAGAGGUAAGGGUUAAUGUGCAAAAUUUGAGCAUCUCUAUGUUGUUACAUAGCCAGCCAAUACUCCAGGUCGUUCGGAAAACGGGUGAAUUAGGUAGAAAACAGACCGGAUUUAAAACCUGUUAUUGAUAAGAACAGGUUUUUUAAAACUUUAAAAUCCUCCUCUUAAAAAUCCUAAACAGGCGUCGCGACACUGGCGGCAACCACUUUGCGGGCAGUCUGGGACAUUUGCAGGCAAGAUGAUAAAAAAUUGCUGCGAUACUGGAGUUUUUUAGUUAGGAAAUUUGACCACAAUUCCGGGCAACAGAAAGAAGGAAACACACUGAUUCUGUUGGAACUUUUGGAUAUCAACCGACACAGCUGUUUUUUGCCCAUAUGCAAUCGCAUCGAGAAUCUCAUUGCCGGCGAGAAAAUGAAUUGUUUCGCGGCAAAUUCAAAUCGCUUUUCAUUUUCUCGACAGACUGAUAUCUCAGGCUUCUGUGAGCAUUUGAAGGCACAGCAGAUACCAAAAAAAUGGCAUUGAGGACAGAAAAUUUAUGAAAUAUGUAGAGUGGCGGACCUAAUCCGGUGGCAAAAAACGUACCAUUUUGCAUCCGGGAAGCAUCAAAAAGUGUGGCAAAAUACCUCCCUCUCCAAGUGAAAAAACUCCGAUUUUAAAAGCGCGCCCGCUCUUUUUGCGAGGGAGUUUGAAAACGGUAUUUUUUGUUGGAGAGGUAGGCAUUUUGUCACAUCUUUUGAUACUUCCCGGAUGUAAAAUGGUACGUUUUUUGCCGCUGGAUCAGGCCCGUCACUGUAUAUACUUUACGUAGACGUUCAUGGUGUUUCAUUUCAGAUUGACAACCUUGUUUUUGACAUUCUGUCAACACACUCAUCAGAGUCUUUUUCCCGAAGAUUGGACACAAUUAACCGAUCUGUUGGUCAACACGAAAAUUCUAAUGUCUUGGAAUCUACCGCUCUUUCAUUUGAAAUGGAUACAACUGUGGCGUCGGAAAGGUCUGAAAAUUCGUUGAGACGUCCCAGAAGAUCUUGUCGAUCUUCCGUCACCAAAGAAAAGGAAACGCCAAAAAGUUGUUUGGGACGUCCCAGAAGAUCUUGUCGAUCUUCCGUGGCCAAUUACAAAGAUCCAGUGCCGGAGUUGAGCUCCGAAGACGACGAAAUCGAUUCAGCAGCUCCUUCUGCGGCUGUCGGCAAGAGAAAUGUGACUAAAAACAGUCGAAGGAUUGAGUUAGCAACUGCCGAAGCUGUGGAGCCCACCAGCAGCGUCAUCAACGAAGGGGGAGGCUCGAAUGCGCCCAGAAAUGAUGACACUUCAGCUAACAACGCUCUUCAAACUCCAAUGCCGUUAACUGAGAAGGAGCCGAGCCCGAUCAAUAAUCUAAACUCUUCCACAACCGCGGAGACCGCUUCAUUUUCUGGCUCAUCAACGACGGAGAAAGUUUUGAGGGAAGAAGGCUCAAAUGUAAGCAAAUUUUUGGCUAAAAUCAAAUAUUUAUUUCUUAAGGUCAGUUAUUGUGAUAUUAAUUUUUCAGCGGGAAACCAAGAGUUUAUCGCUUCAAGAGUGGCUGAAAGUCGCUGAGUUUUGUAAACGAACGAAGCACGCCUUCCGUUUGGACGGAAACGAGCUGGUUCUCACGGAUCGAGACGCGCCAGAAAAUGAAUUUCGUCUCCCAAUCGACAGAGUCAUGUCGCAGCUGGCGUAG